GUUGGCACACAACAGGCAGGACAUUGAAUAACAUUCAGAAGACGGUCCAGGUGGUGCGACGAUGGACGAAGAAGGAACAGCACCUCAAGCGCGUCGUGCUCCUACUUCUGGCGGCGGAGAUGAAAGCACCAUGUUUAUCUUCCACGCAGGGUAUCCAGGUGAUGUGACAGGGGACGUGCCUAUCCCUUCCACUACCUUGCCGCCUGGGAGCGACGUGGACAUGGUGGACGAAGACAACGAUGCCGCCGCAAGCGCACAGCAGGACGCGGACGCGGCGAUGAAUAUGCCAGUGCGUAAGAAGAUUCGAUUGAGCUUCAUGCCCGACGAGACGUGCGGCAGUGGGAAUAGUACCGACGAUGAGAAGGAUAUGCAGCAACAGUUGCAACUACGCCUGUUUGGGCUGCUUCGCACGGGGGAGUCCAAGCAUUUUGCGGCGCUGUUCACGCAACAGCCCGCGAAGACACGGCACACGCUUCUGAGCGUAAAGGACGAGAUCGGGUUCACGCUCUUGAUGAACGCCGUCAAGUAUUCCAACUUGGACGCGUGUCGGCUGCUGGUUGCGCACCACGUGGACGUGAACGAGUUGAACGACAAAAAGUGCUCCGCCUUGUUUCUGGCGGCACAGAAAGGCAUGGUGCCCAUCACCGAGUGUCUCCUCGACGGCGGCGCGUCCUCGGAGUACCGCAGCGCCGCCCUCGUCCCCGCCGCCCACUUUGGCCACAUCGACGUCGUGAACCUUCUCUUGGCCCGCGGCGCCGACGCCAACUACGCCAACCAGAAAGGGACGACGCCCUUGAUGCGCGCGGCCCAGGAAGGCCAGGCCGCGGUCGUGUCGGCCUUGCUGGGCAAAGACGCCGACUCCAACGCCGCCAACAUGGAAGGCAUGACGGCACUCAUGCUGGCCUCCCAGAGGGGCCAUGCGGACAUAGCGGAAAUCCUCAUCUCCGCCGGCGCCCUCGUCGACAAGCAAACGCGUCAAGGCAGCACGGCGCUACUGCUAGCGGCCAAGCGAGGCCAUGCCGGCGCCAUCACGAUGCUCCUCACGGCGGGCGCGGACAUGUUUCUCAAAGACGAGCGCGAUAAGACCGCCUUGGACAACGCCGCCCGCCGCGGCAACGACGAGCUCAUUCGCAUCCUCACGAUUGAGAACCAACAAGCACUGAUGAAGAUGCGGUUGCGCAAAUUGCGAAGUUUGGAACUGGUCAAAAUGUACACGUUGUACCUGAGUGGGCGGGCCACGCUGGCCCCCCGUCGCGUCCCGCAUCUUGUGCCGGGCAGCCUCGAACUGCCGUCUUCUCCUGAUGUGUACAUGGCGUUUGGUGGUGGCACGUCGGUCGCUAGUACUACUACUAGUAGUACUACGCUGACCCCCAACCAGUCGUACCUGGUGCGGUCGUUCACGCUGCCCAAGCCGCUGUUCCGGUUGAUAGUGCACUUUCUGCCACUCUGUCGCAUGUGGACGAUCCAGCUGCGCAAUUUGACGCACCAUUUGCACGUGGACCCGAGCCACGUCGUGCACAAGGGCAUCCACAUCAUGGACGAGGUGCUGUACGACGUCAAGCGCGACCUCCCGCAUCUCGACGCCGUGGUAUGUGUGUGUCUGUAGACUGUAUCUCAUAUUUUGGUGGAUUUAGACGGGCGUGGGGCAGUUGGUGCUGCUGCGGGACUCGCCGACGUACCAGCAAGUGCUAACGACAUGGCUGCAUGCGGCGGGGGACGUGCCGGUGCCCGCGGGGCUCUUGGACGACCUCCGGCAACAUGGAGACUUGCAAGGCGUGCUGCUGCGGUACCCCGACGUGGACGCGAUCGAGUUUGGCGUGCCGGUUGCGUCCAAGGUGCUGGCGACGCUGCAGUGGCUGUUGGUGUGGGACGAAGAGCGACGGCGACAUAGUUAACAGACACUAAGUAUUUAACACACUGGUUGGUACCACACGA